CCCUGACCAGGAAUCAAACCCUGACCUCCUGGUUCAUAGGUCAACGCUGGAGCACUGAGGCACGCCUGCGGGCGCACCUUUUUGUUUUUAAAUCCAUGUGCACUGUGCUUGAUGGGCCAUCCAAAUUGGUUUUCACGGAUUACUUCCACCCUCAUGCAAUCUCCUCCUUCAGGCUAUAUGUGAACUUCACCAGGUGACAGGUCCAACCCCGCCCCCAUUCUCCACCGCCAGCCUCAGCGUCAUAACCCCGCCCUCGCAUCCGUCACAGUGCCCCCAGCAUUUUAGGCGGGAGCAGCCCGGCAACCCUCCGAAGUGCAGGGCGAGGGACCAGGGCUGAGUCAGAAUGGGCGAGUGGAAAGCCUACAUCAGUGCGGUGCUGCAGGACCAGCGCAUCGACGACGUAGCCAUCGUGGGCCACUCGGACAAUCGCUGUGUGUGGGCAUCGCGGCCCGGGGGACUGCUGGCCGCCAUCUCGCCGCAGGAGGUGGGUGUGCUCACGGGGCAGGACCGGUGCACCUUCCUGCAGGCCGGCCUGAGCGUGGCGGGCCGCCGCUGCUGCGUCAUCAGAGACCACCUGCUGGCGGAGGGCGACGGCGUGCUGGACGCGCGCACCAAGGGGCUGGAUGGGCGCGCGGUCUGCGUGGGCCACACGCCGCGCGCUCUUCUCGUGCUCAUGGGCCGGCGGGGCGUGCACGGGGGCAUCCUCAACAAGAAGGUGCACGAGCUGAUCCACUGGCUGCGCACUCAGGGCACCUAGCAGAGCAGCCAGGUGGCCGCGGAGACAAAAUAAACUCAGACCUGGGAA